AUGUUAUCAGUAAAGACAACCACUAUCUCAACCGCUGAUUUAUCAGUAGAAACAGUAAAAGACGGCAUUUUAAAUACUUCAACUUCAACUUCAUCUGAUUUAUCUCCUACUUAUCUGCCAACAGAUAUAUCAUCAAGUUCAUCAUCUUCUUCAUCUUCAUUUCAUUCUGCAUCUCCUACCAAUUCAAACAGACCUUCAACUCCCAUAAAAUCAAGACCUUCAACUCCUUCAACUCCACCAUCUUCAAAUAUCUGCUCUACCACCACCAAAAAAAUUGCAACCCCAAAAAUUAUUAAUAAUACUACCAAUACUAAAAAGAUUCCAUAUUAUCAAUCAAAUCAGGAUAAUUUCUUACAAUUAAUCGAACCAUUCCCCGUUUCACCUCCAACUUAUGAUACUUUACCUCCCGGUGGAUGUCCCAAAUUCCCUAUCUUUAAUACCAAUCAUUUUCCUCAUCAUGAUAUCUUACCUAGUUAUUCUCCCUCCAUUUAUAAAAUCGGUAUAGUGGCUCGUAAAAUGGAAUGGUUAACUCCAUUUGAAGCAUCUCCAUCCCGAUCUUGGAAAUAUAUCAUUAUGGAGUUGAAUUCUACUCAAUUGAAUUUUUAUGCUAUACCGAAUACUUUGGAAAAUCAUUUAUUAUCAUUUAAACCAAUCCCACAAUCAAAUGAACGUACGAUGAAUCAAUUUGAAGAAUCAGAAUUAAAGAAUUUAAUGAGUGAUUUCACCUUGGAUGAUGAUUUACAAUUUUUUAAAUUUUGUCAACGAUUGAAUUUAAUCGAUAAUGGUAGUUCAUUCCAAUCCACCAAACUGAAUAAAAAACUUUUAAGAUCUUAUUCUUUACAACAUUCGAAAAUUGGGUUAGCUACCGAUUAUAAGAAAAGACCCAAUGUUUUACGAUUAAGAAUUGAAAGUGAACAAAUCUUAUUAAAUUUCUUAAACACUAAGGAUUUAAUUGAUUGGAAUAUGGCAAUUAAUAUCGGGAAGGAUAUUGCUCUUGAUUUAAAUGAUCGAGAAAUACCCAAAUAUAGAACUGUUCCCAGAAGAAGAAGAAGAUCAACCACUGUUUCAGCUUAUAAUACUAAUCAUUUAAGUAAUAUUAAUAAUCGAUUUGAUGAUCAAUCUAUAAGUCAAGUUUUAAAUAAACGAUUAAGAUCUCAAUCUGAUCCAAAUAAUAAAUUAAGAGAUAAAUUAGCUAAAUUGAAAUUUAAAUUUGGAAGUAAUAAUAAUAAUGCUAGUGGUUCUUCAAGUUCAAAGAAUGUGGUUACUCUUGGUUCUUCACCUUUAUCGGCUUCAUCUUCAAGAAUGAUGACUUCUCAAAGUGCCAAUGCUACCAAUUCAGCGCCAGUAACUACUACAUCAGCUACUACCACCCCCACCACUAAUAAACUUGCUACGGUAAGAUCUAAUUCAGCUCCUACUUUUUCAAUCUAUUCUGAAUCAGAAUAUGAAGAUGAAUCAGCUAUUAACUCCACUUUUGAAGAAGAUGAUUACGAAGAAGAUGAAGAAGAAGAAGAUAUUGAUACUUUUGCCUUAUUAUCAUCUGCUACUACUAAUGCCGCCAAAAAGGCCAGAGUUAGAGCUAAUACAAUUCCAACUAUUAUGACUACUGCUCCAACAGGUCAAUCCCAAUCUCAAACUACUACCACCAGAUCUAAUUCAAAUCAUAUUGAUUAUGAUGAAGAAGAUAUUCAAAAUUUAAGUGAUUUACAUCAUUAUGAUGAUGACGAUGAUGAAGAAGAAGAUGAAUUUCAAGCUGAUGAUGGGGAAGAUAUAAUUACUCCAACUUUAGGAGAAAGUCGUCCAUCAACUUCAUCCAAUUCUUCAUAUCCUUCUCGUCCAUCCCUUACUUUACCUCGUUUUGAUGAUAAUGAAGAUUAUAAAUGGAGUCCAAAAUUAGAUAAAACUCCAAGUAAAAGAAGAUAUUAUAAGAAUUGUUUAAGAUGUAUUAAACCUUUGACAAUGGAAGAUUCAUGGGUUGCUAAAUCAUUAGUUAAACCAUCAUCUUUAUCUCCUUUGAAUUAUGCCUAUUUAAAACAUGUUAAAUAUAAUACACCUGCUACGAUUGGAAAUCAAGAUAAUGCUAUGAUGAAUACUAAUUUAAUUUCAUCAUCACCAGCUAAUCCAUUAUCAAAUAAUUCAUCAUCAUCUACAAAUAGUUCAAAAUCAUUAUCUUUUAAUUCGAGAAAACCAAGAAGUUUCUCAUUUAAAGAAAUGAAUGGAUUCAGUUUACCCGAUAAUGUAUUGACUAAAGUUCCAAAUCAUUUCUUAAAGGAAUAUCUUGUGGGAACUCAUGGAUUGAUCCCAAAAGAACUUUAA